AUGUUUCGCCUCGUCCUACCUCGACUCGCUCGUUGUCGACCACUCUUUCCUUUGCGAUCCCAGUUCAGCACCAAACUCGUCGUCCCAGAGACGCCCCAGCAGCCAGAGCAUGCAGUCAUAUCUGCAUUUGACUUGUUUAGCAUCGGUGUCGGUCCGUCUUCAUCCCACACCGUUGGCCCAAUGCGCGCCGGAAAGAUUUUUAUUAACGAUCUAAAGGAGUUGCAAUUGCUAGAAAAGGUAAAGAUGGUAAAAAUCACUCUAUACGGUUCGCUCGCCGCCACAGGAAAAGGGUAUUAUCCUAUUGCCUACGUGGCGUUUCGCUCCGAUCCGGAAACAAUUGAUACUGGUACCAUCCCGUCUCGGUAUGAUUCCAUCUUGACCACCAAGUCUCUCUACUUGGGUGGUCACCAUCGAAUCCAUUAUGACAUGGAUCGCGACAUGUUGUGGCGCUGGGAUCAAGUUCUCAAGACUCAUCCAAACGGAAUGCGAUUCAGCUGCUUCGGAGAGGAUGGAGAUCUACUAGCUACCAAUGAAUAUUUCAGUGUCGGAGGCGGUUUUGUUGUUAACGAAAAGACCAAAGUGGACGAGAAUUUGUUCUACAAGGGUGUCGAUAAACGAGUCGUCCAAGCUGCGAGGCUACAUCAAACGCACUCCUUGUCGGAACCCCAGAUCGAAGCAGAACCAUCAGGUUUGCCCGAAGAUACCCCCGGUGUCAGCGAUCAUCCGCCUUAUCCUUUUGAAUCUGGGAACAGUCUUUUAGCUUUGACGAAGAAGCACAAUAUGACCAUCGCACAAAUCGUUUAUGAUAACGAAAAGUCGUUUGGGUAUUCUGAAAAUGAUAUACACGAUAAAAUUUUUCGGAUAUGGGAAGUCAUGGACGAUUGUAUUCGGGCAGGUGUUUCGGCUGUCGAUCCGACACUGCCUGGAAGACUUGGACUUCGUCGGCGGGCACCCAUGCUGUACAGGCGAUUGAUGCGAGGAUUCUAUAGUGGUAUCACCUCGCCAACUUUACCAGCCAUUGGGCCAGGUCGACCCUCCGAUGACAUACAAGCGAUCGAUUCUCCAGAAUACAGCGAAGAAAUGACGGACGACACGCUGAAUAGACCACUGUCUGGAACUUCGAAGAUUACUAGAAGAAACAAAGUGACUAGGGUGGUGGGCAGUUUCGAUCAUUCGCUGUUACCCGUGCCUCCGAGGAAAACUACGAUUCCGGCUAUGGAUUUCUUGUCGUGUUAUGCAAUUGCUGUCAAUGAAGUCAAUGCUAGUGGUGGAAGAAUCGUCACGUCGCCAACUAAUGGUGCAGCAGGUGUAAUCCCUUCGGUCCUGAAAUACAUUCUUGAGUUUGUUAGCGAUGAUCCUGAGAAGAGUAUCAUGACUUUUCUUCUUACGGCUGCUGCGAUCGGAAUGCUAUUCAAGCGUGGAAGCACCAUAUCUGCGGCGGAGGGAGGAUGCCAGGCAGAAGUUGGUGUUGCCUGUUCCAUGGCAAGUGCUGGCUUCGCCGCCUGCAUGGGUGCCUCUCCUGAGACAGUCUUGCAAGCGGCCGAAAUAGGCAUAGAGCACAAUUUGGGUUUCACGUGUGACCCAAUAGAUGGCUUGGUUCAAGUUCCAUGUAUCGAACGUAACAGUCUCGGUGCCGUCAAAGCAAUCACAGCUGCUCAGCUGUCCAUGGCGAGUCAAGGCGUGUAUACUGUCACUCUCGAUGAGGCCAUAGAGGCCAUGCGACUCACGGCGGCGGACAUGAGCGUAAAGUACAAGGAAACCAGUCUUUCGGGACUUGCGACUACCGUCAAGAUCCCAUUAACGGUCCCGGCUUGGUAUGUUCCAUUUCGGCUAGUGCAGUCCUGA